AUGUUUGAAAACUAUUUCAUCCAAUUGGAGCCUGUUAAAGCUGCAAUAUUGGAUGCAGGCAUUGAUCCUGAUCUUGCGGCUGCCACUCAGACUGAUAAACAACGGCUUUCAGCUCCAACGAAACCUCGAACCUCCACCAAAGUAGAAAAGGCUCAGGCCAAGUGGGAAGCACUCAACACAGCCACUUUACGGUACCAGCAGAAACACCUCUCCAAAAUCAAGAAAGGAAAUCGGAAGAAUCAUCAGUCUUUGCUUGACAAUGUAGAACUUCAAAAAUUACUCUUCAUGUGGGCAGCAUCUCAAGUCGCUGGUCAUGUGACUCCGAUAACAUUCCGCCAGCAUGUCAUAGACAAAUUAUUCCCUCAGUUCAACAUUCAGGAAGGCCUUAGCUGCAGUGCUUCAACUUGUUGGAUGAUCAAACUUGGAUACCGACCUCAAGAGUAUCAAAAGUGCCUCUACUUUGAUGGGCACAAACAACCCAAUGUUUUUGAAUCCAGAAAGAAAUAUAUCAAAGAUUUCCUCUCUUAUUGGAAGCGAUCCAGGGUAUAUGGGGGUGAUGAUCUUGAAGAUGCCGCACAAGUCAACCCUGAAGCGCUAGGCAAUGGAAAAGAAACUGUCUUCAUAUUCCAUGACAAAUCGACUGUCCAUGCAAAAGAGAAGCCAAAAUCAAGCUGGUUGCUUCCUGGUAGCCGCGAAAUCCGAGAAAAGAAUGCUGGACGGCUCAUUCAUAUCUCAGACUUUAUUCUUGAAACAACAGGAAGGCUGAAACUCCCUGAAGAACAGGCUCAAGCACUCAAUCUUGAAUCAAAUGAUGCUGCCACUGUCAUUUAUCCUGGGUCAAAUGGGGAUAAAUGGUGGGACAUGGAACAACUUUGCGAUCAAGUCUCCAACAAGGCCAUUCCAAUUUUUGAAAGCCUUCACCCAGACUCCCAGGCAAUUUUUGUUUUCGACUGUUCAUCAGCACAUGGUGCAUUUUCCAAAACAGCUUUGAGAGCGGCAAACAAUCUUGACUCCGAGACUCAGUUAUUCCCUCUGACGACCCAAUCAUCCCCCAUCAUCUUCGUGGCCUUCCACAGCAAUUCUGCUAUGAUUCUUCACACCCUGAUCCUAAACAAGCCGGUCAACCAAAAGGAAUUCAAGUAA